AUGAGUCAACAGCAGGGAUCGUCAUGUCCUAAGGCACCUAAAUUGCUUGAGGUGGCUAACAAAAAUGUUCUUAAAGAUAAUGAGGAGGCUGGUGUAGGUGAAUUGAUGGAAGAGUUACCAGAAACUUCUUUCGGGAGAUCAAAAUUUAAGCGUGGCAAGAAAGAUGAAGAAGAUCUAGAUCAACCCAUCACUAUUCAGUUUUGUACGUUAUCUCCUGUUAUGGCUAAUAAUUAUUUACUAGCUAAUGAAUUCAAAAGUAAGGAAGAUGUUAAAGAGGAAAUGGAGGAUAAUGAAGAAGAAGCAUGUGUGCUGGAAUUUGAGGAAGGCCAAACAUCUCAAGAGGUAUACGAUGAAGAAGAGGAUGACGGCAUGACGGACAUUGAAGAAGUAAUUGACUUGGAAGCAGAGAGAAAAAGAAUAGAAGUGUCGCGCAACACUUUAUUGAAGCAACUGCAACAGGAAGGUGUUCGCGAAGUGGAUUUGUUGGGCGAACCAUUUGGUCGUUCUUUUGACUACUAUGUAUUAUACGGGACACCUAAAAGAAAGAAGAGAGUGCCUCCCUCUGAGAAGUAUGGGUCACCUCCAAGAAUAUUACCCCCUACAGGUUGGAUAACCAAAGAAGAAGCAUUAAAGGAAAGUACGGAGGAAAUCCAAGAAGCUGAAAUUCAGUGCAAAAUAUUGCAUGUUGACUUAUCACAAAGAGAUAAUUCAACGGAAGACAAACAGGAAGUGAAAAUAGAUGCAGCUGGAAAAGUCAUCUUUAAAAUACCAACGAUGAAGUUAACCAAGCACAUGAGGCCAUUGUAUGUAAAGGCCUUAGUCAAUGGCAUACCUGUGGCAAAAUUGAUCAUCGACAAUGGAGCAACUAUAAAUACUAUCCCGUCUAGAAUGAUGAGAAAAUUUGCAGAGACAGAAAGUGAUAUGAUCCUAACAGAAGUCAUUCUGACAAGUUUCAAUGGAGAAGCAACUUCAGCUAAAGAGGUAAUGCCACUGGACAUAACUGUGGGAACAACUACUAGGACUACAGUCUUUUUUGUGAUACAUGGUCCUACUAGUUACAAUAUGCUACUAGGAAGGAAUCGGAUUCACGGGAGUCGUUGCAUACCUUCAUCGCUCCACCAAUGCUUGGUCUUCUGGAACGACAAAGGGCAAGCAGAAGUGAUGCAAGCAGAUCAUAAACCCUUUAUCGCAGAAGCAAACUCAGUAGAGAGGUUCAUGUAUGAAGGAAAUUAUUGA